AUGAAGCGCUUAUGGCCAAUUUUUGUCCUGUGGGUCUUCUGGACACUCAUCUUUUGGCUGAUGGCCUCCUGCUUGGAUAUGAAGCCUGCAUUGGCACCCCAGGAGAAACUGAUGUACUUGGUACCAUGGUGUUGCAACUGUCCUUGGUCCAAAUUCAGGAAAUGUGGCUGCCCAUCUGGGACCCUCAAUGACUCCUCCUGCCACCACAUGGUUAGAGAACAGAACUGGUUUGGUGCACGCUAUGAGAAGGCAAUGGGGUCCUUCACUGGAGCAAGAGAGUCCAUGAUCUCUGACACUGGCUUUGAUGGUGGGUCAGUGGUCAACACUGCACCCAGUCCCAUCCCCUGUCCCUCACAGGCCCAGCCCAUCUCCCACUUUCCAAGCCCAAACCCCUGGCUUAGUGCCUCUCCCAUCCUCACAGCCUCAACCCCUGACCUCCAGAUGGAGGCCUCACCCACCCAGGGCAAGUACUCAGCAAGUAAACUUGGCAAAGUAUGGGAGGAGCUGUUCAAGGUGAUUCCUAGAUCCUCUGUGAGCCAUUUUGAUCCCUGCUGUCGGACUUGUGCUCUGGUGGGGAACUCGAAGAUCCUGCAGGGCUUGGGCCUAGGCAACAUCGUGAACCACCACACCACAGCCUUCAGGAAGGCCAAUGCCCAGGGUUCCUGGAGACAGUUUGUGCUGCUAAUGCUGAGGCUCUCUGGGCUGGCCUGGACUUCAGAUGCUCUGAGUGAGGAGAUUUAA